CUCUAUUUGUUUGCGACUAUUAAAUGACUUGAAUGACUGGGAUUGAGACACGGUCCACAGCGCUUCACUAAUCUGGACGUUUUUUUCUGAUAUUUCCAGGAUUAUAUGGAAACAAAACAUUACUGUCAAUUUCAGUUUUAUUAAAAUUAGCUUUCAGAUGACUUUCUGUAGUAAACCUGUUUUGUUGUGAUUCAAAUCUGAAGCAUUUUUUGCAAUAACAAAUAAAUACAUAUUUAAAAGCCAUGUGAGUUUGUUUUGACAAAGACAAUGUUCUAAGCCGUCAACUUAUGAGAAGGGUGAUGUUUUGAUAUCGUUUGUCAGCCAUGUACAAACUGACAUUAUUAGUGGGACGUCAAUAGCAGAACUAAAAAAGUUUAAAUUCCUUAAUUGUCAAGCUCGACUCAAAGUAACUAGCAGCAGCCGCAGCAGCCGCAGCAGCCGCAGCAGCCGCAGCAGCAGCCUGGUUAAUGAGAUAGCACGUAGCUCCUGCAAACCGAUCCGAUUGUCAACUGCCACGGAGCCAGUGUGUCCUCUGGGUGAAUCUUUCCUCUGUCAGAUCGUAUAGAUCACUCACAUAUAUCCUGCAGAUCUAAAUCAUCAGCCUGUCACUGACAGUGAUGUGUUGUGGCCAAAUCCACACUCCGACUGACGCGCACCUCGGGCUGCAACCUUUUCAUGUUGAAUUAAUGACUGGAGAAUGACAAGAUCCCAGGCGUGUGUUUCUAACAUCACCAGUGUUUAGAUUCUCAGUACAUUCUGGAGCGAUUUCACAAAUAAGUUUGUCAAACAGACAGGCAGCAGCGUGAAGUGAGUGAAAUGGCAUGGACACCAUUCAUUUUGAUUAAUUACUCACUCAGUAUUUGUCAAGACUUCCCUUUACCAACAGCACAUCUGCACACACACACACACACACACACCUCUUUAAGGCCAUGUGACUGCAUUGUGAGGUGAUUGCGUAAAACACUUGAACACUGAGGUUUGGAUAAGUGCACGUCCCUAUGAGUUUUUUCCUCAUAGCAAUUUGAAUGAAUGAAUACUGAUUAGAAACAGUGUAAGUGAGAACACACUGCAGUUGCCUCGGUAUUUUCUCAGCAGUGAUUGAAAUUAACCAUAAAUACAAUAGAAGUGGUAUAAAAAAUGAACUGCAAAAAAAAAACACUUUCUUUGGUAACGCCAUUGAAAUCAGUAAACCAAUUUUAGGCAAGACAUUUGCGAAACAAUUUGCUCAAAAUCUGGAGUUAUUAUAAGUCACAUUGGAACAACGUCAAGUUUGACGUUGUACUGAAAAACCAUACAUCUGUUUGGGGUUAGCACCGGUGUUGAGGUGUCUAUUGCGUCAUUUCAUGCUGCUUUUCUAUUGGCCAAUUAGUAGAGGUAGGUCACCUAAAUUUCGGAAACCAUUAGAAUUUUGUCUCGGGCUAUCUUUGGUCACAAGAUGUUGACAACAACCAUCCUUGAACCUGUCACACAGUGCGACAAAAGAACACCGUUUUUGAGCCACAACCAAAGAUAUAUCCACGAUUCUCCUACGAUGGUCAUGUUCCGUCUGGAACAGCUUAAAUCGCACAGUGAAUACCAUCCAUAAUGACAAGAAGGUGGCUAAAGUUAGCAAAUAGCUUAGACACCUUAAUAGGUGGGGCCACAAAAGACCUGCCCAUGUACCAUGUUUGGCCCCAGGGCCAGGGUUUGGACACGGAUCAUAUUACAUUAUUGUUUCUGGUAUUCUGACCCCAGAUUGCUGGAACCUUUCACGUCCUCUGUGAUAAUGAGUGCGUGCAGCAGGAAAGCUCUGACUCUUCUCAGCAGCGUCUUUGCGAUCAGCAGCCUGGGUUUACUGGGCGUGGCCGUCAGCACCGACUACUGGUUGUACCUGGAGGAAGGCGUCAUCACGCCGAUGAACCAGAGCACAGACGUGAAGACCUCCCUGCACUCGGGCCUCUGGAGGGUCUGCUUCCUCGUUGAGUCAGUGUUGACACAUUUCUCCAUCACUCUCCUCUCCUCAGGUGAAGAGUCUGGGCGAUGCUUCACCAUCGAGUACGUCAUGCCCAUCAGUGUCCAGCUGACGUCAGAGUCCACAGUCAACCUGCUCAAGAUGAUCCGUUCAGCCACGCCCUUUCCUCUGGUCAGCCUCUUCUUCAUGUUCAUCGGUUUUGUUCUCAGCAACAUCGGACAUGUUCGGCCUCAUCGCACCAUCCUGGCCUUCGUGUCGGGAAUCUUCUUCAUCCUCUCAGGUCUGGCCCUGGUGGUGGGCCUGGUCCUCUACAUAUCCAGCAUCAAUGAUGAGAUGUUGAACAGGACCAAAAGCAGUGAAGCCUACUUCACCUAUAAAUACGGCUGGUCCUUCGCCUUUGCUGCGUUCUCCUUCCUGCUCACCGAGAGUGCAGGUGUCAUGUCCGUCUACCUGUUCAUGAAACGUUACUCAGCCGAGGAGAUGUACCAACCCAACCAUCCCAGUUUCUACCACCCACGUCUCAGCAACUGCUCCGACCACUCGGGCCAGUUCCUCCACCCUGACGCCUGGUCUCGUGGACGCAGCCCCUCAGACAUCUCCAGUGAGGCUUCUCUGCAGAUGAGCAGCAGCUAUCCUGCCCUCCUCAAAUGUCCCGACUACGAUCAGGUGUCCUCGUCACCCUGCUGAGGUUUCAGCUGUCACAACACUACAGCCCUGGUUCACCCUCACCCUAACAGUCAGAAAGACUGGGAAAAAAACAGGGUUUUCACUGAAGAACUGCAGAAUCACUGGAAACACGGAUACUUAGAAAUACUGGAAAAGUAAGGUCUGCAACACAGUUUAGUUUUUAGAAAAUGGUGCAUUUUUAUCUGAAUGGAGGAAAAUCUUUAAACAUGUCAGUGAGGAAAGAAAAAAAAAAUCUGUGAAGUUUCCUCACACAUAAAAAAACUUAAUGAAAAUAAAACUGAUCAGCAUUCACAAGUGAAUCCAGUAAAGUAUGUAAAUAUCAGUUUCACAUUUCAGUGCCUCAUACAAUAUAUGUUUCUUUAUGUGGAUAAAAGUAAAAAGUAGUUACAACAUUGUUGUGUGAUCUAGUUGGAAAACAAUAUCUGAACUAGGUAGAGGUCUAAUGACACAAGAAUGAUGUUUAGAAAUGAUCAUGUUUAUUUCCUUUUAUUCAAGAUGAUAUUGGUGGAUUAAACACAUUUUUAAUAAACUCAGACGUGACAACAGAGAGAGUUUGUUUUGUUUUUUUGUUUUUUUUUUAGAGAUAAUGAUCUUGAUUACUGUAAUUAAUUUAAAGUUUCAGUCACAGAAUUAAAAAACAUAAGUUAAAUUCAUGUAAGUCAUUUACGUGCCAGUAGAUGGCGCCCUUCCCUUACCUGUCGUUAUAUUUUUUUGAUUUGUGACUCAUUAAGGUUAUUUUACAUCUUUACGGUAUAAAUCAUCAUAUGUACUGUAUGUAUGUAUAUAUGUAUGUAUAUAUAUAUAUAUAUAUUCAUUAUACCGUAAUGUACUUGUAAACACACCACACAUGUUCUGUCCUCUUAAUGCAGAUUAACAUUUAUUGUACAGCGCAACCAAUAGAUUUAACAGAGAAUAUAAAAGUUAUAACAUAACUAUCUGCCCACGCGGGGCAUUAGAAGAUAAUCAUCUGCCCUGGAGGCUUUUAUUUUAUUGUACAAUCACAUAGAAAACUACUAUUACAAUAAUUAUCCUUCAAUUUGAACAUCAUCCUCACUCAAAUCUAAAUCAUGAUAUAAUAAAUAAAAGCAUCUUUUUCACCCAUGGUUUUCAUGGCUUUUUAACAGUAUCAUCAAAUGUACUGUCGAGAUAUAAAUUCAUUUAAGGCGAAACCUUCUCUGAACCUCAGCCCGGCCAAAUAAUUAGGUACGGGGAGUGCAUAUGACAAACAGAGCAGAAACAUCUGUACAUCUGUGUGUGUAUAUAUAUAUAUUUAUAUAUAUAUAUAUACUGUACAUAUAUAAGUUAAUCCAACGCUACAUGAGUCUAACAUUUACAGGGAGCACGGAAAACAUCUCACAAGGUCAGAAAUAAAUACAAAUUAAAGGUUAAUUGCUAUGUAGAGAUUACACAAACGCAGGCAAGUAUAGGUAGAAUCUUUGGGGGGGUUGGAGGGGUCGGGGGGUGUAAUUACAAACCAAAUGCAAACAGGCAACUGACAACACGUGGACCUUCACUCACACGGGCCACAGAUGGAAAAGCUUAAUUAGACUGGUAACCUGCAGGGAAUAAAACGGAGUCUAAGACUUCAUCAAGUGAAGGCCGUGAGUUUAUAUUUUAAUGACAUCGAACCUCCUUCGGUUUGAUGUCAUUAAAAUAUGGUGUGAUGUCAUAGAAUGUAACCUGCCUACAUUCUAUAACCACCUCUUUAAUAUAAUGUGAUGAUGGGAAUGAGAGGGAACCUUUGAUGCAGUCAAGUACAGUCACUACCAAAGGGUUAGCAUGACAUCAUACACUGUUGUGUAUGAUCUCACUGUGACUCAACCUUCACCAUAAAUCAUUCAACAUCAUUUACAACAUGACAUAAUGAACGAUGUAAACAGUCGUGCAUUAAGUCUGACGCCAUUCUAUUGUCGUCACCUGUAAAAAUAAAAACACUUCAGUUGAAUGGACUAGAAAUCCUUCAGGACAGAAUGGCAGGUUCAGCUGCACAAGGUCCCCGUCAGCACUGGUUGAAAUGUAGCCCCCAACCAUGACAGAGCCCUGACUUUGAUUUACUGCUGACAUACAGCUUGGCAUUCAAACCAAAAUAUCAACUUUUUGUCAUCAGGACUCAACACUAAUUUCCAGCAACUAGAGUUUUGAAGUGGGUUUGAAAAUGUUUUCCAUUUUCCUUAGGUGGAAUAUUCACAUAGACUUAUUAUUAUAUGUGUACAUGCCUAAGACUUAUGCAAUUUAUACUCAACACAUCCGUCCUGAUUCCUUCAUUUUAGUUUAAAAAAAAGUUUCCGUUGAAGCAGAACAAAAGACACUUCCUGUACAGGCUGGUACAGACCAGCUACCAAACUGCAUAUAUAACACAAGGAAAGGAAAAGAUCAUUUUUCUAUGUCAUCAAAUUCAAUCAACCCUUGACGAUUACAACUUCAAACGUUGACCUUUAAGUCACAAAAGCAAAGAUAAAAAAUAAAGUAUGUACACUGUGAAAAAUC